GAGAUGGCGCCAAAUAUAUAGGGUUUGCCUAAUGCCUUUACACAAGUAGCUCAGUUUCAGUUUCAAUUAUUGAAUAACAAAUAGUAAAGUAACCGACAGAGUAUAGAAAAGUGCAUCAUUAUCGUCGUAUUAGAACUUCAUCAAUCAUUGAGAUUUUAUCACACAGUUCAGCUAAUUAUUUUGUUGUCGUUUGUCGUUAUAGCAACCGUUCAAACUGUGAGAGAAAUUGCUUUGUUGCAGUCACGCUCAAGGUGUUGUCUGAUCAGCUGUUCCGUUGAUAGCUAGCUAGUUUACUAACUUUAGUCAUCAUAACGCUACAUAUCUGUUGGCAAUAAUGGCCCAUUACAGAGUAAGUAUACGAAACUUUUCUUCAAUGAACUUCCAACACGAGUGGUUUGAAGAUGUUUAUUUCAUGUCCUAUGUUUUUUCACUUGUUACUUUGUAACUAGCUAACGUUAGCAAACUGCAUUGCAUUCAUCGAUUACUUUGUAUCUAGGGUAGCUCUCAUUCAUUGGAAUCAGCAGUAUGGUUGAGCUAGUUAAACAAUUCGUUUUCCAACUUUAUGGUCAACCAGGCAUAUUUGUUGUACUCUGCUUACCUGCCUUGGAAACUGUCAAAAGAAACUGAAGUAGAGCUAUCUAGCUACAGCUUUAAAUAGCCUAUGUAAAUAUGUUUUGUUAGUCUUCUGAUUCUUCUCGUCAUCGUUUCUUUCACAGGCUUCAGAAUCCAAGAGAGAACAAUUUAGAAGGUAUCUAGAAAAAGCUGGAGUUCUUGACAGUCUCACCAAUGGUAGGCCUCUUUCAUAAAUUCAAGAACAUUACUGGCAAAGUUUAUUUAAAAUGCAUAAAGUCUAAAGUUUCUCAUGCGGUAUACUUUGAUUUUGUACCUCAUGUUCAUCAUUUUGAUUCCAAAUCCUAACCACUUGCAUAGUCUAUAGCAGGGGUGUCAAACAUAGGCGAGGAUGUCCAAUCUGGCCCGCACGUGAUUUGAGUUAGAAAAAAACUCAAUACACUUUAACAUUUUAGAUUGACAUUUUAGUCACUUAGCAGACAAUCUUAUCCAGAUCGACUUACAGGAAUCAAAUGACAAAAAAAGGACAAAAACCAAAUCGCAACUGUGUAUAAAUGAUAAUGCACCUACAUUCAUACAGUUUCUUGACUUUGUCCAGCUCCCUAUAAUCACAGAAAUGAAAGCUAGACAGUCAGGGAGAAUAGAAAAUUCAAAAAACGAUGGUAGAGAUUACAAAUUUUUUUUCAGUGCGGCCCCCGGACCUUGUUGAAGAGCGAAUGCGGCCCCCGGGGCAAAAUCUGUUUGACACCCCUGGUCUAUAACAAAAACUUUGACUCACAUAUCACCACUAAUGUCUAUAACAUUUGUAUUGCUGUUUGCAGUAUUGGUGGCCCUGUACGAAGAGACAGAGAAACCUAAUAAUGCUUUGGAGUAUCCUUUUGCCUUGGUUUGAUAAUUUUCCGAUAUGAUGACAACAACCAUGACCACCAUCUCAACUGAUCCCAUUGAUGCAGAUGGUGCUUGCUGAUUCAGGUAGUCACUCAUAGCAUUGGGCAGAGAAAAUACCUUGACUGAAAUCUGAUGACUACUGCCCCCCUGGUGCAAAACGAUCAAGGGUAGACUUUGUGUACAUUACAACAGCCGCACCUAAAAUUGUCGUUGUGCAUGUGAUGUCUUUUAAAGGCUCUUUUUCUUAUUGGUCUAUUAACUAAUUUACCGCCUGGUGAUGUCACCAGGCAGGCCAAAACCAUCCCACCAAAACAGGCUGACAUUCCAGGCAGCCUUUUCAAACAGCUCUUACACUAAAAGGCCAUUAUCAUAAUGUUCACAAUUUCACAGUAUUAUGCCAAUCUCAUAGUGUGGAAAUAUAUAUAUAUAUAUAAAGCACAGGACAAUCACAUUUUUGACUGCACUGGGUCUUUAAAGAGAGUUUAGGGUGUGCCGUGGCUGGCCGAGUGGUAGUGCUGCCGCCCCUGGGACAAAUAUUGCCUCUGGAUGCAUGGGUUCAAACCCUGAUUGCGCCACUUUCCAUUCUAUGCACCAGCAGCUCUCCUCUAUCGCCCCAUCUCAAUCACUUCUUGUUCACCGUAGCUAUCGACAACAACAAAAAUAGUUUACACUAGCCUUCACCUAAACCCCAGCUUUCUAAAGCAUCACCUUGGUGUGGCUGGUGCUGAGCCAGCAGAUGCGGAGGCCCUUCGUCUGGAGCUGACUGAGCUACAGCAGAAGUGGGAUCUGCUCAUGAAGGAAAACAAAGACCUCAGAAACAGGGUCAGAGAAUUUAUUAUUUUUUUCCAAAAUUCAAGGGGUGGUCUCCCGGACCCAGAUUAAGUUUAAAUUCUCCAUUGAUCUCGUUUUUAGUCCAGAACUAGGCUUAAUCUGUAUCUGGGGAAACAUUUUACAUUUUUACAUUUUAGUCAUUUAGCAGAUGCUCUUAUCCAGAGCGACUUACAGUUAGUGAGUGCAUACAUUUAUCAUACUGGCCCCCCGUGGGAAACGAACCCACAACCCUGGCGUUGCAAGCGCCAUGCUCUACCAACUGAGCUACACGGAAACCACCCCCAAAUACCCCAAAAUAUCUAAUCUCAGUACGUUGCAAAUACCCAACUUUUCUCUACCUUGUUUUACAGCUUCUGCAGUAUGAACCAGCACCCGAGGAUGAAGCAGCGGAGUAACGGAGUUGGUUGAAUUGUUAUUUUUGUCCACUGUUUUGAGGAAAAAGGCACUUAUAAAGCUAUUAUUUCUUAGUAGUAGUAUAUAACACUAUACCCAAGGAUGGAAGAACUGUGAAUUGCAAAAGCAAUGUAUUUUUGUUAAGUAAUAUUUUCUGUGUACAGACACUUGUUCAAUCUAAAGCGUAAACUAUUUCUCUCCAAUUUCAAGUCAAUAAAUACUAAUUUCAGC